UUGCUGUCGUCGUUCACAGUUCAAUCCGUCAUUUCCUGCUGCAUCACUUGCACUACAAACUUUUUGUUAACAGAUGGAUAUCAAGAAAGAGAUCAGAGAUCUUGAUGAGAAAGGAUUGAAGCUUGUAAAAGAAGGACGUUAUCUUGAAGCAAUUAGAAUUUAUGAAGAAGCCAGGCAGAUGGCAGAACAAUAUUUGGAAGUAACAGAUGAAGUGAGACUGGCAGUUCUUGGUAAUCUGGGGGAGACAUACAUUGCUAAUGGAGAAUAUAUGAAAGCACAAGCAAUUCUAGAAAAUCUUUUAUCAGUUAUGAGAAAACUUCCUGAGACACAUAAUCUCUUACUAGCUGCCACCUUGUAUUCUCUGGGGCAAUGUUACUUACUUCAAUCCAAGUAUGUUGAUGCCACAUCAUUACUGGAGGAGUGCUUGUUAAUACGACAGAAACACCUUCCAGCUAAUGAUGUGAAGGUGGCCAAGAGUAAGUGUUGUGUGUGAGUAAUUGUUGUAUUUGAAAGAUUUUCAACUUAUUUGA